AUGCACCAGCAGUCAGCAGAUUCAACUUGCCCAACAACGGGUCAGGUCGAAGCUUUCAAACUAAUGCACCUCCCCAUCGACUUACUAUACUGUAUCUUCUCCGAGUUCGUGAAAAGCAACUGUCCGAACCUGGCCUCCAUGAAGAGUUCUGGAACUAUUCCGCAAGGAACAGAGGAAUGCGGUUACCAUAAAGACUCCAGCUUGAUCAAUGAUACCUUGAGGCAAGAAGAAAAGCUGAUCAUUCCACUCCUUAGAGUUUCAAAGCUUUUUUGUCGCAUUACUCUGGGGUAUAUGCUUGGUCCAUCCGCAUACAUCCUCGGGUUUAAAGGAUUAGAGGUCCAAUACAAGAGACGGAACAUGUUGGAUUCCCUGGAAUCCUCAGUCAUGGUUCCUACCGCGCCACAUGUGAGGAUGCGCGAACCAAUCCCAAUGGAGCGCCAGGAAAUCGACCCCGAAUUCCCUUUUUUAAAUCUAGUUCAGACCUUGAUUAUUGGACCUCGACCACAAAGAGGGACAAUAGCACAAGAUUUCUAUUUCGGGGCUGAACCACCUACCCGCCUUAUGAAGGCAAUUCUGGGGGCGCUGGGAGAGGAUCCUCAAUUGAGGAAACUCAUUAUAUCAGGCGACGCUCUGAGAAACCUGUUUUGGAUGAUGCCAAUGCCAGUUGGGGGCGGGAGCCCUCUUGGAAAGUUGACUCAUUUGACCCUUUCAAUAUCAGCAUUGCAGUCGAAGGAUCCAUUCCUUUCAGCCAAACACAUCUUGGUUACGCCGAGUGACGCACAUCUAUGUGUUCUUUUGACUAGAAAUGAUCCAGGUGGUGGAACCAUGGAGGGAAUUGAGGCCCCCUUUCUGAACACCUUGAAAUACCUCCACAUACGUGGACCAGGAGCACACGUGUGCUCAGAACUUUUCAAAACAAAGGGAAAAGCUCUCGAAAAGAUAAUCAUCGAGAUGGGUGAACGUCGUGGGUUAUGUGACGCCAAUAUGGACCAAUUGAUUCUUCAUGCGGCAACCACCGCGUCAAACCACCCUGAGAUGUCAAUCUCAAUAGUCUGGUGUUCGGAAAGUUUAACCACUAGUCGCCAGACCGACAACAUAAUUUUCAAGAAGAGCCCCGGGGCUUUAAAUGCAGAUGGUACCAGGAAUUGGCCCCUGGUGAUUUCUAGUUCCCUCUACCACCCACCGAAUCAUCCCAUGAGAAGGGAGAGAAGAUGCGCCGCUUUUGUCAUAAGAAGUCAGGACCAACGGAGCAGGGCUUUGGUCUGUGAUAAAAACUGGAAACUUGCCGAAGAAGACAGCAAACUGGCGGCAGACCCUAUGGAAGAGGAGCUGGAGUUUGAAGAACUCGCGACGAAACGUCUCCAAAAGCUUGCCGAAGAUCAGUGGGCCCAAUAUCAGUCGAAUAUACCUUAUUAUCUCUGCUGA